UAGGUGUGUUUCAUAAGACUUGUUGCUGUGGUUUUAUUUUACCACCACCAGCAAGAGGACCAUUUCCUAUGGUUUCUUCAUGAGUGUACUUCUCUCUUGGCUAAGACAGCAAAGCAAAGACUUUUAAAGCGAAGAAGCUGGAAACAAUCAGAAGAACACCAUGGAAGAAACAGAGAAAAAGAUUGCAACACAAGAGGGUAGAUUGUUUUCCAAGAUGAAGGUGUUUCUGCUGUCAUUAACAUGUGCAUGUUUAACCAAAUCACUAUCAGGAGUAUAUAUGAAUUCCAUGCUCACACAAAUAGAGAGACAAUUUGAUAUCUCCACAUCUGUAGCUGGAUUAAUCAAUGGGAGCUUUGAGAUUGGAAACCUUUUUUUCAUUGUAUUUGUGAGUUAUUUUGGAACAAAACUGCACAGACCUGUGGUGAUUGGUAUUGGAUGUGUGAUUAUGGGCCUGGGGUGUCUCUUAAUGUCAUUACCUCAUUUCUUCAUGGGCAGAUACGAAUAUGAAACAACGAUCUCACCUACAGGCAACUUGUCCUCAAACAGCUUCUUGUGUAUGGAGAACCGAACACAGACCUUAAAGCCAACGCAAGACCCAGCAGAAUGUGUGAAAGAAAUGAAAUCAUUAAUGUGGAUAUGUGUAAUGGUAGGAAAUAUUAUACGUGGAAUUGGUGAAACUCCUAUUGUGCCCUUGGGUAUCUCUUACAUCGAAGACUUUGCCAAAUCAGAAAACUCUCCUUUAUACAUUGGGAUUUUAGAAAUGGGGAAGGUUGCUGGCCCAAUUUUUGGACUUUUGUUGGGAUCUUACUGUGCACAAAUUUAUGUAGACAUUGGGUCUGUGAAUACAGAUGACCUGACCAUAACACCCAGUGAUACACGCUGGGUUGGUGCUUGGUGGAUUGGCUUUUUGGUCUGUGCAGGAGUGAAUAUCCUGACCAGCAUCCCCUUUUUCUUUUUGCCGAAAGCACUUCCAAAGAAAGGACAACAGGAGAAUGUUGCUGUGACUAAAGAUGGCAAAGUUGAGAAAUAUGGAGGACAAGCCAGAGAGGAAAAUCUUGGAAUCACUAAAGAUUUCUUGACGUUCAUGAAGAGGCUCUUCUGCAAUCCGAUUUACAUGCUUUUCAUCCUUACAAGUGUGCUCCAGGUGAAUGGCUUUAUUAAUAAAUUUACGUUCUUGCCCAAAUACCUGGAACAGCAGUAUGGAAAAUCUACUGCAGAGGCAAUAUUCCUCAUAGGUGUUUAUAGCUUACCUCCCAUAUGCCUCGGGUAUCUAAUUGGUGGCUUUAUUAUGAAGAAGUUUAAGAUUACUGUCAAGAAAGCUGCAUACCUAGCAUUUUGCCUAUCGGUGUUUGAAUAUCUUCUUUUUCUUUGUCACUUUAUGUUGACCUGUGACAAUGCAGCAGUUGCUGGAUUAACCACCUCUUACAAAGGAGUUCAGCACCAACUACAUGUGGAGAGCAAGGUCCUUGCUGACUGCAACACAAGGUGUAGCUGCUCAACGAACACAUGGGAUCCAGUGUGUGGAGACAAUGGUGUAGCAUACAUGUCAGCUUGCCUUGCGGGCUGUAAGAAGUUUGUUGGAACUGGAACCAACAUGGUGUUUCAGGAUUGCAGCUGCAUUCAGUCAUUAGGAAACUCGUCUGCAGUCCUGGGUCUGUGUAAAAAAGGUCCUGAGUGUGCCAACAGGCUGCAGUACUUUUUAAUCUUAACAAUAAUUAUCAGUUUCAUCUACUCACUUACAGCCAUACCUGGGUACAUGGUUUUUUUGAGGUGUGUCAAGUCUGAAGAGAAGUCACUUGGAGUUGGAUUACAUACAUUUUGCAUAAGAGUAUUUGCUGGUAUUCCCGCACCUGUUUACUUUGGCGCUUUGAUAGACAGAACCUGUUUACAUUGGGGAACCCUGAAAUGUGGUCAGCGAGGGGCAUGCAGGAUGUAUGACAUAAACAGUUUCAGGCACAUUUACCUGGGGUUGCCUAUAGCACUAAGAGGAUCAAGCUAUCUGCCUGCCUUCUUCAUUCUGAUACUUAUGAGGAAAUUCCAGUUCCCCGGGGACAUUGACUCUUCAGCAACUGAUCAUACAGAGAUGAUGCUCGGAGAGAAGGAAAGCGAGCACACAGAUGUGCAUGGAAGUCCUCAGGUCGAGAAUGACGGAGAACUGAAAACGAAGCUGUAAUGAGUUUUCUACUGCCCUGUUCAAGGCCAUGAACAGAAUGCACACUUCCCUUCCUCGGAAUCCUGAGAGAUACAAUAGGAACCUUCUCUUUAAGGACCUCAACAAUUGUUUUUCUCACUAUAAAAAUAAUUGCUGAUAUCAUUUUCAGAAUUUCAGGUGAUAUUUAAGAUUUCCCUGGGGAAGACUUUUAUGGUGACCCCCACACUACACUUUAAAGCUUCCUUCAUUUUCACAUAACAUUUUCUCUUAACUCAAUCAAGGGAAAUAUGUGUUUCCCACACAUCUUCAAAUGAGUAUAAAACUUUCCUAUUCCUGAAACAGUAUUUAAUUUCAUUGAAUUUAUGGUUCACAGUUGGAAGUAUUUAGAGCUGAAAAGAUACAUUCUCAUUAAGCCACAUUGAAAAGUUAACUUUUCUAUGUUCAGGAUGUCUCCAUAUGUCUAUAUGUAGGAGUUCUCAAAUAUUAUUAUUAUUGUAGACAUGAUGCUCCUAGAUUAGACUUCUCACUCCUGUGUCAUUUCCUGUUUCUAGUCCCUUCUUUCAUUACUCCUGUCACACAGUUGAAUGUUUUGUUUAGAGCACUGACAAACUUAAUCAGGUUAUUAAAAAUCACAUUAGAAAGAUUGUUGGAACCAUUCUUCCCUAGCAUUUCAAAGCUGUUCAUGAAACUCUUAAAAGCAACAAUUCGAGAAAGCCAGUUCUUUCAAAGGUCCUUUGUAGAUAUGGAGUUGUAUCUCAGUGGUACACUGGUUGCUUAUCAUAUCCUUCAUUGAACCAAAAGGUAAACUACUGAUGACAUAAGAUAAAAUAAAAUAAAAUGUGAAAUAAAUGAAAAUAAAUCAGGCUCUGAUGCAGUAUAAGAUAUUCUCAAAGGCUACUUUAUUAUACUCAGGAUCUUAUACUCAGGAUCUUAUACUCAGGAUCUUAUACUCAGGAUCUUAUACUCAGGAUGCUUCUUUGACUCAGUAAGCAUUUUUUCUGUGCUUCAAAACACUUGAAAAAAUGAAAACAUGUUUAAAAGUAUAUUAAAUUAUAAUAAACUUAUAAAUUUAUAAUUAAACUAUAACAUGAAUAAAAAUAACCUGGCUAUUAACUUUCAAAAUCCGAGUCAAAACUCUAAAGGGAGACCAGGAAGGUGGUUCAAUGAAAAGGGGUGCUUGCCACCAAGCCUGACAAGGUAGCUUUGAUCUCUGGGACCAACAUGAUAGAAGAAGAAAACAAACUCUUACAAGCCUUCUAAUGCUGUACUAUGCUGUAAAACCAUAUACACACACAUACAUACAUACAUACAUACAUACAUACAUACAUACAUACAUAUGUGUGUGUAAUAUAUACAUAUAUGUGUAUAUAUUAUAUACACAUAUGGAGAGAGAGAGAGAGAAAGAGAGAGAGAGAGAGAGAGAGAGAGAGAGAGAGAGAGAGUGGAAGGGAGAGAAUUUUAAGCAGUGACUCUUUCUGAAAGGAAAUUUGGCUUAGUAAAAUUCAAAGUAUUUGUGAAAAACAAAAUAAAUUUGUAUUAGUUUGAAUACAAAGUGCCUCUUCUUGGUUAGGGCAAUAGGGCACCAGGAUAUUUCAUUUCUUGUUGAUACUGCUACUUGGGAAGGAUUGGGUGGGUACAUCCUUGAACACGGAAAUACGUCACUGGAAUGAGCUUUGAUGUAUAAAAGCCUCACCCUACUUCCAGUUCAUACUCUGCAUUGUUCUUGGAGGAUAUGAAAUCUUGGCUUGCUGCUUCAGUCACAGUACCUGCUCCUUGUUAUCAUGCCUCCAUGCCAUGAAGGAUGACGGUCCCUCUGGAAUCAUAAGCCAAAAUAAACUCUUUGUUUUAAAGGU